AUGAAUUUAACGAGUAUAUCUAACGGAACAAAUCUAUUAAUUGCAAUAACUCUGAUGCUAUAUAAUAUUAACGCAUUAGUGACGAACACGAAUAAUGGCAUACUUCCACCACCUAACAUCGAUUUCAUUAAUGAAACAAUGGUCCGCGCGAGUCUUUCAGUGAAAGAGGCAUUAUCAUCCAAUGAAACAAUACCUCUUGGCUAUAAGUUUGUUAUACAUAAAAUAGAAGAUAAUAUUACUUAUCCAGAAUUGAAAACUAUGGGAAACUAUACCAAAAUAUUUGAUAAUAUUUCAAUGAUGAUUGGAUAUACCAACGAUUUGGAGCCUGGCAUUAUUUAUAAAAUUUUUUACAUACUAUACAUCAAUGAUAACGUACCUAUAGUCAGUGAUUCGAAGAAUUUCACAACUCGUUGCAUUCCAACUGUCAACUUUCACGUAAAAAUAAGAACUACUAGUUUAAUAUUGACGAAGGAUCAAGAAGAAUCCUUGUAUUCUUGUCCAAGUAACUGGUACGAUUUCGCGUUUGAGAAUCUGGAAACAGGCAUUCAAAUUAACAAAGGAAGUUUAAUUAAACUGCCAUACGAAUUUACAAAUCUCAUACCUUAUACCUUCUACAAAAUUACAAUCAGCAAAGGAGCAAUGAUAUUAUUAUAUUCACAAGAAGUUCGAACUCUUCAUGAAGUGCCAUCGGAAAUAAGGAAUUUCAAGAUGAGACUGACAUCGUCGAAAAUCAAUUUGCAGUGGGAUGCUCCUUUAUAUCUGAAUGGAAUCAUACAAAAAUACAAAGUUGUAUUACAGGUUCGAACAUAUCUCGGUUGUGAAAAUUUGAAGAUUGAAUCAAAGAAAAAUACUACUAAUUACCUUUCAACUGCGGUCACCAAUAUCACAUUUUCAAAUUUAAUUCCUUAUGCGCAUUAUGUUGGAAAAAUUGCAGCCUGCACCUCUUUUUGUGGACCGGAGAAACAAAUUGAGUUCACUACAAAACAAACAGAUACUCCAACCGCAAUAUAUAAUAAUUUAAGAUUUCAAAAUUACACAUUGACGUGGGACGCGCCUAAAGAUUGCUCCACAAUUUCUGGGCCUAUAAUUGCAAAAAUCGUUGUCACUGGCAUUAGCGAAGCGGUGAAAAAUUUUAGCAUCACAAUGCAAACCGCAGAAUAUUCUUACCAUUUGAACGAUGUGCUACAUGGCUCUGAAAUAUACGAAGCACGAAUUUAUGCCAUCAGAAAUUAUACCACCGAAAAGCACAAUGAAUCGCGAUAUGAAAAACUAAUAUUCAUUACUCCUCCGAAAGAACCACCUCCUGUGAAGAACUUAGAGAUUUAUGAAAUCGACUUGCAAUCGAUGAGAGUACACUUCAGAUGGCAAAAACCAGAACCACCUGUCAACGGAGAAAUAAAAUAUUACAUGGUGAAAAGUUGUUUUUCGAGUUGCGAGUUUAUAUCGAAGAUACGACCAACCGAGUACUGCCAAUUAUGGGAUAAAUAUAUCUGCGCCAAUGUUGAACAUCCAGCCAAAGAAAUCAAGAUAUAUCCUGAGAACGUAAACGUGUCAACGUCAUCUAAUGUGUCAUCGACCGCAUUGCAAAUUAUUUGGGCGAAAAUUAAGCCAGAGGCGCCGGAAAUUUUCAUCGUCGAGGCUCUCGAAAAAGGGAUGGUAAAUCUAACAUGGUCUCACCCUUGGAAAACGGGUGGACAUCUUCAGAAAUUCGUGAUAAGGGCAGAAAUGAUAUCGUCGCGUCUCAAAAUGCAAAUUCCACAAUCACAGAAACUCAAGCUUUACGAAUAUCGAGUUGAAGAAUAUCAAUCGCGAUACAGUACAAUAUUACACCUAUUGUCCUCGUCCAUUUAUGAAAUUUCCAUUCGAGCAGUGACAAAUACCGGAUUAUACGGGGAGGAGAAAUUUGGACAAGUGAGGACGCUUUUGGCAAUGGCAUUCGAGAAAGAAUUAACAAUGGAAAUGCGCGAUACGGACUCGACGAUCUUGUUGCACAUUCCCCCCAUUUUGAACGACACGAAAAACAGUGUAACAAAUGUUGUUAUAAAAGGUAGCCAGGCUUGCCAGAAUUACACUGAAUUGAGCCCCUAUCUGCGCGAGAAAAUGGAUAUCAAAUAUUAUGAGAUCGCGUGGUGUGCAGCCAAAUUUUCUACUGACAUGUUUGCCGAUAAAACAUUCACAAUAGGCGAUAACAAGAUUUAUGGUAAUGCCAUGAAUUGCGCGCUAAAACCGGCCGAGUCUUAUGCAAUAACGAUAGUAUUAAUCGAAGAAGAAUUUAUAAACGAUCAGAUCAUAAUCGUGGAGAUAACAUCAAUUCGCGUUGGCAAAGUGUCGAAACGAUACGACGAAAUUUGGAUCAUUCCUAUCACGAUAUUUCUUAUCGUUGGGGCUCUAGUUUUUUAUUUUUAUCAAAGAAAGCAAAGAAGAUCUUUGGAAAAGAUUACGCUACAUGAUUUGGUUCAUCUUGAAACAGAAUCGAUAUCGUCGAGUUCUAAACAAUUUUUAAAUGUCACUACUGCCUCGUCCGAUAAAAAGUUUCUAUCAUGUGAGAAUACCACUUACAACGGAGAUACAUUAUGCAUUAAUGACGUUAAUCAACGAGAAGGAGGAAUGUCACUUGUAAAAGUGAAAGACUUGGAGAAAUACGUAAAGCAUGCAAUCGAGUCUGGAUUACUCGAUAGACAGUAUAAUAGCCUUCCACGAGGACAAACGAAACCAUGGGAAUAUGGAAAGUUAGAACAAAACAGACCGAAGAAUAGAUAUGGAAAUCUCAUAGCCUACGAUGAAAAUCGUGUGAUACUAGAGAAACUUCCGGAUGACCCUUAUUCAGAUUAUAUUAACGCUACUUAUAUCAAGGGCUAUAAAAAGGAGAAAUUUUACAUAGCUACGCAAGGUCCAAAAGCUAAUACGAUCAUCGAUUUUUGGAGAAUGAUCUGGCAAGAAGAAAGUUACAUCAUUUGCAUGGUUGCGAAAUUAAUUGAAGAUGGAAAGACAAAAUGCGAACAAUAUUGGCCUGAUAUUGGAAAAAAGAAAAGAUACGGAGAUAUAAUUGUUUUCAAUGCGAAACAUGCCGUGUUUGCAGAUUUUACGUUUCGUACUUUACAUGUGACGUAUGGAGACGAAGCUCGAAAAAUCGAGCAUUUACACUACACAGCAUGGCCAGAUCAUGGCGCACCGUUGUUCACGCAUUCUGUGGUAACGUAUUUAAAGAAACUCUUGGCAACACCACCCGGAAGUGGACCAGUCGUGGUCCACUGCAGUGCAGGUGUUGGGAGAACUGGAAUUGUAAUUUUAUGUGACAUUUGCCUUCGACGCGCCGCGGCAGAAGGGGCAGUGAACGUGUUCUCCGAAACUCAAGCAAUUAGAAAUCAAAGAAUUAAUAUGAUAGAUAAUAAACAACAGUAUCUAUUUGCACAUUUAACGCUCCUAGAAUGUUUACUUUUUCUUUCAACAUCUUUACCAUAUAAUAAAAAUCUAUCAAUUAAUAUUAUAGAGCUUAAAGAACAAUUGAUGAUUCAACGAGACAGUCUAGAAAAAAUGACCUGGCACGAUGAAAUUCUUCGAUUAUCGAUCAAUCAAACAUCCCUAUCAAAACGCAACCUUGUUAAAAACAGAUUUCCAGAAUUAGUAUUAGCGAAUGCAGGCAGAGUAUAUUUAAAAAGAUACCCUUCGUCAGAUGAAGACAGCGAUUACAUAUCCGCUGUUUACGUAGAUGGUGUAAAAUUACAGAAUCAGUAUAUAGCAACACAAUUACCAUUACCUGAAACAUUUAGUGAUUUUUGGAGAAUGAUUGCCGAAUAUAAAGUGGAACUUAUCAUUAUGUUACAACUACCAGAUUUACAAGAUGCGACGUGUUGUCCUAUUGUUCCAAAAAGAGAAUUUAAACCAGUACCAUAUAUAAAUGUUCGAACGAAAGAAUUCGCAACAUUUGAGUACUACACGUUAGAGAAACUGAUACUCGUCGAUAAUUCAGAGAAACCUGCUACAGAACAAUACGUAACAAUUUUAUGUUCCACGGAAUGGAAAGCUGGUAGAAAUCAAGAUUUACCUGCGACUAUGUCAUUAGUAACAUUAUGGCAAUCAGCACAGAAAAUUCUGAAAGAAGAUAGUCCUAUCGUCGUUGUCUGCCACGAUGGUGUAACUGGCUGUGGACUUUAUUUAGCCUUAAAUUUUCUUUUGGAGAGAAUGAUUAUAGAAAAAGAAUGCGAUGUUUGCUUUGCAGUUCGCGCGAUAAGAAAAUCAAGGCCUGAUUUUAUCACAUCUUUGGAACACAUGGAAUAUCUAUAUGAUGCAAUCAUAACGUAUUUAAAAUAUUUCGAAACUUAUGCAAAUUGCACGUAAAUAAUCUCAUUAAUUAUUAUUUGAUUAAUUAACUGAUCUGUUACAUAAACUUGACUCGAAUAAUUUCAACAGACUAACAAUCACGAUUGCUUUCUAUCGUAUAUAUCGUUCGAGAUAUAAAUUAUAUCAUUACGUAAUUAGUUAUUAAUAUUAUCUCUUUUUAAUUUUCAUAUUUUUUCUUAUUUUUCUAUGUUCAAAGAAAA